AGCGUGGGCCGGUUGGAUUGGUGGAUUUUAUGAGGGAGCCUCCUGAGGAGAGAAGGAGCCAGAGAGCGAGGGAGAGAAGAAGGAGAAGCGGCGGCAGAAGCGGCGGAGGAAGAAGAGCAGGCCCGCGGGGAAGAUGAUUGAGGAGAGCGGGAAGCGGAGGCGGACGAUGGCCGAGAAGAGGCAGCUAUUCAUGGAAAUGAGGGCUCAGAACUUUGACGUCAUCCGGCUCUCAACAUAUCGAACCGCCUGCAAACUGAGAUUUGUGCAAAAAAGAUGUAACCUUCACCUUGUGGACAUCUGGAACAUGAUCGAAGCCUUCCGAGACAACGGCCUUAACACCUUAGACCACAAUACGGAGAUCAGCGUCUCCCGGCUGGAAACUAUCAUCUCCUCGCUCUACUUCCAGCUCAACAAGCGCCUUCCCUCCACUCACCAGAUCAGCGUGGAGCAGUCCAUCAGCCUUCUCCUUAACUUUAUGAUCGCCGCCUAUGACAGGCAGGGCCACGGGAAGCUGACCGUCUUCUCCAUAAAAGCCAUGUUGGCAACCAUGUGCGGUGGAAAAAUCCAGGACAAGUUAAGAUAUAUUUUCUCUCAAAUGUCCGAUUCCAACGGGGUGAUGAUCUUUUCAAAGUUCGACCAGUUUCUGAGAGAAGUCCUGAAGCUCCCGACAGCGGUGUUCGAAGGGCCUUCCUUUGGAUACACAGAAAACUCAGUGCGAACCUGUUUCCCUCAACAGAAAAAGGUGAUGCUCAACAUGUUUUUAGACACGUUAAUGGCUGACCCGCCGCCCCAGUGCCUUGUGUGGCUACCUCUCAUGCACAGACUUUCCCAUGUAGAAAACGUCUUCCAUCCGGUGGAGUGCUCUUACUGCCGAUGCGAGAGCAUGAUGGGCUUCCGGUACCGGUGCCAGCAGUGCCACAACUACCAGCUCUGCCAGAACUGCUUUUGGCGCGGCCACGCCAACGGACCCCACAGCAACCAGCACCAGAUGAAGGAGCACUCCUCUUGGAAAUCGCCUGCCAAGAAGCUGAGCCACGCCAUCAGCAAGUCCCUGGGCUGCGUGCCCAGCAGGGAGCCCCCGCACCCCGUCUACCCCGAGGAGCCCGAGAAGCCCCUGGACCUGGCCCACAUCGUCCCUUCCCGGCCGCUGGGCAACAUGAACGACGCCAUGGUGACCCACGUCUCCUCCUCAGGGGCCCCGACACCCACCAAAAGGUUGCAGCUCAGCCCGGCCCGCUCCGAACGGCUCAGCGACGAACAUGCGCUGAUCGCGGCCUACGUCAGCCGCCUCCAGAGCGGCCCACGCAGCGUCCUGGACAGCCCCAGCCGGCUGGACGAGGAGCACCGGCUCAUUGCGCGCUACGCUGCCCGUUUGGCCGCUGAAGCUGGAAACGCGCCUCGGCCCCCGACGGACCUGGGCUUCAACUUUGACGCCAACAAGCAACAAAGGCAGCUGAUUGCGGAGCUCGAAAACAAGAACAGGGAGAUCCUGCAGGAGAUCCAGCGCCUGCGUCUGGAGCACGAACAGGCCUCGCAGCCCACGCCGGAGAAAGCCCAGCAGAACCCCACGCUCCUGGCCGAACUGCGGCUCCUGCGGCAGCGCAAGGAUGAGCUGGAGCAGCGCAUGUCUGCCUUGCAGGAGAGCCGGCGAGAGUUGAUGGUGCAGCUGGAAGGACUCAUGAAGCUGCUGAAGGAAGAGGAGCAAAAGCAGGCAGCUCAGGCCGGGGUCUCUCCGCACACCUCCCCGACCCACGGGAGCGGGCGCCCCAUGCCCAUGCCGGUCCGGUCCACCUCGGCGGGCUCCACCCCCACCCACGGGCCCCAGGACUCCCUGACUGGACUCGGGGGAGACGUCCAGGAAGCUUUUGCACAAGGAGCACGCAGGAACCUCCGAAACGACUUGCUGGUCGCGGCCGACUCCAUCACCAACACCAUGUCUUCUUUGGUCAAGGAGCUUCAUUCGGGAGGAGAGGAAGGAGGUGAAGAAGACGAGGAGAAGAUGCAGAACGGGAAGGACCGAGGGUAGAAGAAGGACCUGGACUGGCCAGCGAUCCAAGCCACGCGGGUGCCCUUCCACCGCCUCCUGCGCAUCCUUCGGCCACUGAGGCCCUGCGGCCGACCCAUUCCUCCAUCGCGAAGCCGUGAUGCCCACAACUCUGCAGCGGGGAAGCCGCCGGCCCCCUCCCUCUCUCCCUCCCGGCGGACGAAGCCCCCUUAGGUUUGCAUGCCUCGUCUCCAUCAGAGCCCCAGCGCCGGCCAUCAGACAUGGACCCAUCUCUGUCUCGGCGAGAGAGCCUUCCCAGGAGCGGCCUCCAAGCCUCACCCUCGUCUUCACACCGGCAGCUUCAUUCACGACCUCUCACCCCCGCCUUGCACGUCGGGGGCGUUUCCUCUCGUGCGACGGGGCCAUUACACUCCUCCCCUGCCGGUAGUUGUUGGACCCCUGGCCCGUAUGCUGCUGUGUGCAUGUGUGUGCGCCUGGGAUGUAGCGCGGGUACCAAGUGGUGCGAAGUGGCCCCAUUUCAUGGCAGCUGGAGCAGGUUUUGCAAAGUAUGGCCCCCCAUGGUUGUCAGGGGGGGAAAGAGGAACAUGACCCUCCAGGAAUUUCAACUGUGCAAGGCCCACUUUUGGGAGACUUGGAAGUACUCCAACCCAACCCAUUUGCAUGGGAAUUAGGCAGGACGGUGCCUGGGAGGGGGGGUUGUGCCCCACGUUUGCUUGGUGGGAUGGGCUGCUAGCUAGAUUUCCCUGGGUGGGCAUCUGGAUAGCCCCUACCAGCCUUGAUGCCAGGAUGAGACGUGGGAGAGAAAGGGCCAGAAGUGAGGGAGGGACAGCCGUGGGGAGAAUGGCACACUGGUUGCAUUGUUGCAGCAGUGAAGUCUUGGAACACAAACCUUGAGCCCCCCAUGGAGCCCGGUCCCUCAGGUGACUCUCACCUGCCAGCCACCCAGGUGAGCCUCACCCUGACGUCUCCCUUCCUUCCUUCCUUCCUUUCUUCCUUCCUUCCUUCCUUCCUUCCUUCCUUCCUUCCUUCCUUCCUUCCUUCCUUCCUUCCGAGCUUGUUCUGAUGGAAUGGAGCUGGUUGAGUUGGAAAGAGAGAAAGCACCGGCAUGGCCGGCCUUGCCUUUGGAGAUGUUGGCCUGCUUCUGAGACCAUUGCAGUCCAAAGACGUCAUCUUGUGCCUGAUUCUGGGAGGACACUGGGAGGAGAAGCCACCAGGAAGGGCUUCUGUCUCCAUUCCAGCCUUUAGAAAAGCUCAUCAACCUGGCAGUCCCUUCCAUGCCGCUUCCUUGUGUUCUUGGAGCCAUGAUUCAACUUUUCUUGAUCAAGGCCCUUCGGACGGCUAGGGCAAUAACCCCCGGGACCCCUAGACACGGCGACUGAAGGUGAUGGGCACUACAGUCCAACGCAUCUGUAGCUACUAGAGAGAGACACAUUGGAGUCUUCUAUAAGCCAUGGAUGGCUGUCUCUGGAGAACCCAGGAGGUGCCAUGAUCACCUUUCCAUCUCCACUGUGGGAGCGGAGUGUCAAAGGGUUAUGGGCCCAGCACGCUUCCGCUGCGCACACACCAGAUACUUUGGCCUACCUGUGGUCAAGUGGAUGGGCAGCCAGGCAGAACCCAGUCAGUUGUAAAAGAGCCUGGACUGCAGCUCCUGCUAUGAGUCCAAAAUUGCUGGUUGUCGCCAGACUGUUGUGGCCACCUAAGCCACGUUCCCCGUCCUGCAUCCAGCCUGGUUGGCCACCCUUUGCAGCGGCAGAAUCCUGACAAGGGUACAUCCAGUGUCAAAGAACCCAUUCUUACUUUAAGAGGCUGUGGCAGGCUGUUUCUUGUACAAGCCCCAAGAAGAAGAGCUGUUGAGUGGAGUCUGAAGCCCGAAUCUGCCAUAUAGGUGACCCCCGGGACCAUGCUCCUGGAUUGCUUCACCUGCAGCCCCGUAUAUUUCUCUGCCUACAAAGCCAUCCAGAAGGUGCUUCGUGUUCGCGGAGCUGAGGAGGAGCCGGGGCUUGGAGGAGCACCAGACGUGAACUUUCCCGAGAAGGAGGCCGUUCCAUCCCAUGGGCCUUCCAGAAGGGCUGAGGGGUGGAUCCGUAUGGCUCCCCAUAAAUGUGAACGGACACCUUGGUGAGCCAUGGCCCAUGCAGCAACACAUGAGGACUUGAAGGACUCCUAAGGACCUUCUAGUCCAGGCAUGGGCCAACUUGGGCCCUCCCUCCAGGUAUUUUGGACUUCAACUCCCACCAUUCCUAACAACCUCAGGCCCCUUCCUUUUCCCCCUCGGCCGCUUAAGCGGCCGAGGGGGAAAAGGAAAGGGCCUGAGGUUGUUAGGAAUGGUGGGAGUUGAAGUCCAAAACACCUGGAGGACCCAAGUUUGUCCAUUCCUGAUCUAGUCAUUCCUGAAAGAGGUCCACCCUGUUGUGGUAAUCUCUGAGAGGUUAGACUCAAUUUAACCCUCUCUGGGGGAGAUUCCUCCAAAAUCAGCAGACUAGCAAAAGCAAAGCUUUCAAAUGCAGCAGUUACUUACAUGGGGUGAGCAAAGAGAAGCCUUUGACCAUUUAGGAUUGCAGUGGACUGCAGAGUCUCAGUAAAAGUUGAAAAAGUAUUCAGGUAAAAAGAACUCCAUUGUAGAUAGAAAGGCUUGGGAGCUGUCUAGUCUACUCUAGACUAGUUUCUAAGGAAAAAUAAGAAAGGAAAAAUAACAAACAUCUUGCCAGGAGUGAUAGCAAUAUGCUGCUUGUUAGCUAGAAGAACAAAGGGAGAAGAAUGAACCAAAAUGGUUCCAACCUCAUGGUCCAGUUUAUUGGGGCCAUAAAAGACAUUCUGACCAAUGAGAAGUUAGUGUCCCUGGAGAUUCACAUUUCUACUAACUUCAAAGUAAGGGAUGUGACAUAAAUAGGAUAGAGUGAAACACAGUAAAGCCUAUCUAGGCCUGCUUUGGAAACAGGGAAAGGAUUCCCUCAAUCUAACUCUAUCAUCUAUCUAACUACAUCUAGACCUGAGUAGUCCAGGAUGAUUCCCAACACACCCAACCUCUGACAAGAGACUUCCCAAGAUAGCAAGUCUUCGAGGCAGUCUCAUCCACCGCAUCAUGGAUCCUAUGGUCAAGAACUUCUCCUUGUUGUUUCCUUGGGAUCUCUUGUCAUGUGAGCCCAUGGAUUUGUCUCUGGAGAAACAACAAAAAGGAAGACCUUUCCAUCUUCUGCAUGACCUCCUUUCCAUCAUUUAAAGAUGGUUGUGAUGGUUGUCUUUCCCAGUCUGACUAUACUAUUUCUCAGCCAUUCCUCAUAAGACUUGGUUUCCAGAACUUGGAUCUUCUUUGUGACCAUUCAAACUUGUCCUUAUCCUUCUUGCAUUGUGAUGUCCAGAACUGGACAUGGCGUUAUUAUUCUUUGACUCAACUAGAGCAGAAUAGCAUGGUGUCCAGCUCCCUCAGACACUCCUCAGAGAGAUUCAUAGUUUUCAGAGUGUUGGCCAUUUUGGUGGUCCUUCUCUGGACAUGUUCUAGAUUAUCCAUAUCUGUAUCUUGAAUUGCUUUGCUCAGAACAGGGUUAUUAUUAUUAUUAUUAUUAUUAUUAUUAUUAUUAUUAUUCCAGGUGAGGUCUGACCAAAGCAGAUGAGAGUGGGACUAGAACUUCCCUUGAUCUGGAUGUUAUAGUUCUGCAGAACUUUCAGGCAGCCUGCUUAUGCUUCGCAUCUCUCAAAAGUUUGGGUUUCCUGCUUUUGCCAGGAUUUCCCCAAGCAGGAAUGCAUCCCAUUUUCUAGAUUUCCUUGUAGUCCUGAUAUUCAGACUUGUAUUAUCAUAGAGUCAUAGAUUUGGAAGGGACCCCAGGGGCCAUCCAGUCCAACCCCUUCCUUCUGCCAUGCAAGAAAAGCACAAUCAAAGCACACUUGACAGAUGGCCAUCCAGCCUCUGUUUAAAAGCUCCACCAGACUCUGAGGUAGAGAGUUCCACCAUUGACCAGCUUUCUUACAGUCUGGAAGUUCUUCCUACUCAACACAUUUCCCAAGUUUUUUGAGAAAUCUAGGACAAGUGAAAAUCUCUGCAGCUUGGCUUUGGAUUUAUGCAAAAAUAAAAUCACAUACGGGUGGUUUGCACAGAAAACCAAAUUUCACUUGAGGAGAGCAUUCUUCAACUAGGGACUUAAAUCUGUGCCAAAAUGCACACUUGUGCAGAAUUUUGAGGCUAAUUUGCACACAAUUCUUUUCUUGUGGAGGAACGUUUGCCAUGCCAAAAAAAACACUAUGUGUGAAUUUUGCAUAGAACAGUUCUCAAAGUGCUAAUAGGGAGUCAGUGAAGAAGACUGCCAUUUUCAAGUAACUUCUUGGGAGUGAGAUUUUAUUUUUCAUGUCAGGAGUAACUUGAGAAACUGCAAGUUGCUUCUGGUGUGAGAGAAUUGGCCAUCUGCAUGGACGUUGCCCAGGAGACAUUGCCCGGAUGUUUUGAUAUUUGUACGAUCCUUGUAGGAGGCUUCUCCCAUGUCCCCACAUGCGGAGCUGGAGCUGACAGAAGAAGCUCAUCCAUGCUCUCCACGGGUUGGAUUCAAAUCAGCAACCUUCAGGUCUUCAACCCAACCUUCAAGUCAUCAGUCUUGCUGGCACAAGGGUUCAACCCACUGUGCAACCGGAGUGGGAUGAGCAUGGCCUAUAUAAAAGAAGAAAAACGGCCGAGAGCUGCUUCCCUAACUCGGGCUCCAUGAAGGCUGCCUGCCCGUCUCCUCGCCCAAAAGCGUUGUCCUUUGCAGGCUUUCUGCGUGUCUGUCGCAUUCCUGGCUGCAGCAGCUCUGGAAAAAAUCCCGUCCGCUCUGGAGUUUGCAAAGCCUGCAUUUCAGGAACUCUCCCUGCUGCGAAGGGAAGAACGAGCUCGGCUUUGUCAGGAAUUGAAGUCAGGAGAACAGAUGGCACCCGGUUGCAUUGGGAAGAAGCCAGGCAAAGGCGGGAUCCCUAUCUACCUGUCCGUCCCUGGUUGCCCAGUGCUUGGCCUUGUGUCUCCUCUUACAUAAUGUCUCUUCUUGACUCCAUUGGUCCAGUGACCUUUGGGCACGCUUCACAUUUCUGGGGGGCUGCUCUUCUUUCAGCCCCAGUGACCCCCCACGGAUCCACAGAAGUCAACGUCAGGCCAGCAGUGGUCAGAUUGGUAGCUGCUGCCAUAUGGUGUGGAGUGGGAAAGGGGCAAAUGGAAGCAAAGAAAGGAAGGGGCAGCACUUCAGAGGCUUUUAAGCAAAGGCUGGAUGGCUAUCUGUGGGAGGGUUUGGAUGGUGUCCUGCCUGGCAGAAGUGGGUUGGUUUGGAUGGCCCUUGGGGUCCCUUCCAACCCUAGGAUACUCCCCCUUUGUUGCUCGAUGCCAUCUAAGCCAUUCCAUGUCCCUUAUUGGGAGAUGGGGACAGGUAUAAAUAAUAAUAAUCAUUAGAAUUAUUAUUGACACAACGACAUAGUCUGACACAGCAAACAAGAUAGAUAUGCUGGAUUUUGUAUCACAAGUCGAACACUUCCGAAGCGUUUAGGACUGUGUGAUGUAUUUUCGGAUGAUGCUUCAUCUUAUUAUUAUUAUUUUAUUGGAUGACACAGCAAGCAAGAUAAAUAUGCUGGAUUUCGUAUCACAAAAUCACAAGUCGAACACUUCCCAAGUGUCUAGGACUGUGUGAUGUAUUUUCGGAUGAUGCGCACAGAUCCCAGCAGGGUGGCCUUUUGCAGUUGGCAGAUCAUGAUUUUGUCAAUGUCUAUUGUUUCCAAAUGCCGGCUGAGAUCUUUUGGCACGGCACCCAAUGUGCCGAUCACCACUGGGACCACCUGCACUGGUUUCUGCCAGAGUCUUUGAAGUUCAAUCUUGAGGUCCUGAGAGCGGCUGAGUUUUUCCUGUUGUUUUUCCUCAAUGCGACAGUCACCUGGGAUGGCGACAUCAAUGAUCCAAACCUUUUUCUUUUCCACAACUGUGAUGUCUGGUGUGUUGUGUUCCAGAACUUUGUCAGUCUGGAUUUGGAAGUCCCACAGUAUCUUUGCGUGCUCAUUUUCCAAUACUUUUGCAGGUUUGUGAUCCCACCAGUUCUUUGCUGCUGGGAGGUGGGACUUGAGGCAUAAGUUCCAAUGAAUCCUUUGGGCCACAUAGUUGUGCCUCUGUUUGUAGUCUGUCUCUGCGAUUUUCUUACAGCAGCUGAGGAUAGGAUCAAUGGUUUCGUCGGUUUCCUUGCACAGUCUGCACUUUGGGUCAUCAGCUGAUUUUUCGAUCUUGGCCUGAAUUGCCUUUGUCCUGAUGUCUUGCUCCUGGGCUGCAAGACUCAGGCCUUCUGUCUCCUUCUUCAGGGUCCCAUUCGUGAGCCAGAGCCAGGUCUUCUCCUUAUCAGCUUUUCCUUCCAUUUUGUCAAGGAACUUUCCAUGCAAUGCUAGUUUGUAGUGCGGUUUUCUUGUACUGAUUCUUUGUCUGCUGUGUUUUGAGGAGUUUCUGAUUUUUGACUUCAAUUCAAGCAGGUUCUUCCCUUUGCUUGACAUAUUCUGCCAGGGCAUGUUCUUCUUCUUUGACUGCUUGUUUGACUUGCAAGAGUCCUCUGCCCCCUGAUCUUCUAGGCCGAUAUAGCCGGUCAACAUCACUGCGAGGGUGCAGUGAGUGAUGAAUGGUCAUGAGUUUUCUUGUUUUUCUGUCCAAAUUGUCCAGUUCCAUCUGUGUCCAGUUUAUGAUGCCAGCAGUAUAUCUUAUGACAGGUAUGGCCCAGGUGUUUAUGGCCUUGAUGGUGUUGCCUCCAUUGAACUUGCUUUUGAGAAUUUUUCUGACCCUUUGUGUGUAUUCUUUACUGACCACACUCUUCACAUGUUCAUGCUUGAUGUUGUUCAGCUGUAAUAUGCCCAGAUAUUAAUAGGCCUCUGGCUGGUGACACUUUAUUGUUGUUAUUAUUAUUAUUAUUAUUAUUAUUAUUAUUAUUAUUAUUGACACAACGACGUUGUAUGACACAGCAAACAAGAUAGUCAUGCUGGAUUUCGUUUCACAAAAUCACAAGUCGAACACUUCCCAAGUGUCUAGGACUGUGUGAUGUAUUUUCGGAUGAUGCGUGCAGAUCCCGGCAGGGUGGCCUUUUGCAGUUGGCAGAUUGUAAUUUUGUCAAUGUCUAUUGUUUCCAAAUGCCGGCUGAGAUCUUUUGGCACGUGUGCCUAUUAUUAUUAUUAUUAUUAUUAUUAUUAUUAUUAUUAUUAUUAUUAAUAUUGCAGGAAUAACCAGACCUGGGGAAAAGGAAUAAAUAAAGUGUAGUUGUUGUUGCUGCAGGAAUAACCAUGCCUGGGGAAAAGGGUGGUUUAAUAUAUUUUCCCCAUGUUUUUAUGAUAAACCCAGUUUCGAAAUGACAUUUAGAACCCAGGAACAAAUAUCGUGUUACAUAGUGUUGUUGAUGCAGUCUAGCAUGGCAUUCGCCUUUUUAGCUGCUGCAUCACACUGUCUGCUCAUGCUGAAUGGUGGGCAGCCCAACACUGCAGGGUUGUUGUUGUGCAUGGCUCUUGGCCAUUUCAAGGAUGGUUCCCAAGGACAAGGCUCCCAACUUGGAGAGGACAAGGAGGUUUAUUCCCAGCAUCGGCUUGUUGGGCAAUUACUUAGAAGUGAAUGGGAUUGACUAGUCAGUUUUUGCUUUUGGGUUUAGGGGGUUUCGACGCUUGCCAAGAGAUUCCAUGGGGCUGAGAAGCUGGCAAGCCCCCCAUCCCCAUUGCAUCCCUUCUGGACUCUGACCAGAUAAUAUUGGCAUCCCGGUUGGCAUUUGUUCCUGCUUCCUUUGACCUUGUCGGACAAAUUAUGUUCUAAUGUUUCUGAGCAUAUCUUGGACCACAUCCAUAUCUCUAAGCCUUCCAAGGUUGCUAUGCUGGGCACCUUAGAAGGCUUUCAUGGCUGGAAUCAUAGGGUUGCUGUGCGUUUUCUCGACUGUUCCAGCAGCAUUCUCUCCUAAUGUUUCACUUGCAUCUGUGGCAGACAUCCUCAGAGGUUUGUUGGCAGUGAGGCAAGUGGAGUGUGUGGUAUAAUGUCUAGGUUGCGAGAAAAAACCCUGGUCUGAAGCAAGUGUGAACACUGCAAUUAGCAAGCUUGAUUAGUAUCGAAUAGCCUUCCAGCUGCAAAGUCAAUCAGUGAGGGUGUUUGCAUGGAGGUAGCCUGGCUGUUGUUACCUGGAAGCAUCCCAAGUUGGUCCAUGCCUGGUCUAUUGUCUAUUGAGAUCAAGGGAAGUGAUAGUCCACUCUCUUCUGCUUUGGCCAGAUCUCACCUGGACUAAUGACCCUGUGUCCACUUCUGGACAAAGCCAUUCAAGACAUAGAUGUUGACAACCAGGAAGGUGUCCAGCGAAAGGUGACCAAGAUGGUCAAAGGUCUGGAAACUAUGAAUCCCUCUGAGGAGUGGCUUAAGGAGCUGGGGGUGUUUAGAUUGGAGAGGAGAAGCUUGAGAGAAGGACAGAAGAGCCAUGUUUCAACUCGGGAGAGAGCAAAGCUUGUUUUCUGCUGCUCCAAAGACUAGGACACAAUGGAGCCAUGGGGUCAAAGUGUCCAUUUGAACAUGAGGAAGAGCUUACGAGGGUUGAAUGAAAAGUAAUGCCUCCACCUUCGUAACUCCUCAAAGGAUGACAGUCCUGGUCUGCGGCAGGUCCUGGCUUGUUCAGUAGACUCUCCUCUAUAGUUAGUUCCAUUUGGCGGGAAGCCUUAGCAUUGAACGGUUGUGUUGUUAAAGUGCGAAGUAUAGAACCCUGUGCAGACAGUCAGUCAAUGCGACUUAAGCAACAUGCAGUCAUUGAAUUCUUGACAGCAGAAGGUGUCACCCCAAAGGAGAUUCAUCAGAGAAUGCAAACUGUUUAUAGUGAUUGUGUUGAUGUGACUCCUUGGGCGAGUAAGUUCAAAGAUGUUGAGGUGGGAACAUCGGACUUGCGUGACAAACAAAGAGUCGGACGUCCUGUGACAGCAACCACAAAGUUUCACAAGCAAAAGGUUGAGAGAUUGAUCCAGGAUGAUUGUUGUAUCACUCAGAGAAAAAUUUCAAGCAUAAUCAGCAUUGCACAAGAACGUGUGGGUCACAUUAUUGCUUUGCUUGGCUAUCGUAAGAUCUGUGCACGACGGGUCCUGUGAGACGCCAGUUGCGGAAACAGAGUGUCGACUUCUUCCGUGACGGCUUCAGAAAACGUGUUCAUCGUUGGCAGAAAUGUAUCCAAUUGUCUGGUGAUUAUGUGGAAAAGUGAAUAGUGGUAGUUAAAGUGCACAUUCUAAGGAUUAUUUCUGCAUUUGAUUUAUUAAAAUAUUCCCAUCCAAACCCAAGUAAGGAAGGUGGAGGCAUUACUUUUCAUUCAACCCUCGUAUUAGAGGUUGGAAUCUACUUCUGCCUGGGAAUUUGACGAGUCUCCUUCUCUGGCAGUUUCGAAGCAGAGGCUGGAUGGCCCUCUGUCGGGAGGGCUUUGAUUGUGUCUCCCUGCCUGGCAGAAGAAGUGGGCUGGACUGGAUGACCACUCAAUCUCUUCCAGUUCUAGUACCUUGUGAUUUUGUGUCCUUCUGCUUUGGGGGUGCCAAGGGAUGGGAGGGGAUCAUGGCAUGUGCCAGGCCCAGUGAAGCCCAGUAAAACCAGUACAGAAUCCCAGUCGAAGGGGUCAGAGCACUGGGAGAAAGCCAGGUGGGGUCUGCCAGGCCCCAUUAAUUAAAGUUCACAUUUGAGUGCUAGGAGGAAGGAGGCAAUGGGGCCAGGCAUCAACAUGGAGCGGUUUGGGGGCUCAAGGGCAGAGGUGUGUUUGGCCAUUUAAAGGGGAAAGGCAUGGCAGGAAUCACACCUGGAGCAGGAGGGGGCCAUACAUGUCUGUAUGUGUUGUGUGUGUGUGUGUGAGUGAGUGAGAGUGUGAUCCCUCCUUGUGUCAAGCCCAUUUCGGAGCCCGGAGUGACCACCGGCCCUGCCAUCACCACCACCACCCCCACCCCUGGACACUUGACCGCCACGGAGCCACAAGCCUGGACUCUUGUCACUUGGUAUGGACCGAAGAGUGGUGCCAAGGCAGCCUUGGAGUUCCCUCGUGCGCCUUGCUCACUCGCACCGGGGAGACCUGUAUGAGUUGGGAAUGCGUCCGGCAGAGGAGCCAGCAAGCGAGGAGCCAUGUUCUCUCAUCUGCCAAAUAUUUAAUAAACGACUCCCCUCCAUCCGGA